AUGAAUUCUGGAAGCUCAGAGCCUGGGAAGCAGGACCUCACAGAGGCAGGAGCAGAGCAGGAACUCACAUGGAUAGAGCUGGGUUCUGAGGAGGCCCUGGGAGCAGGGGCAGAGGGGGCCAGUGCCCCACAGUCCGGAGGGCGCCUGCUGCUGGCCGUGUGGAGGGGUCACCCAGGCCUCGCAGCACAGCUGCUGCGGCAAGGGGCCAGUGUGGAGGAGAGGGACCGCGCGGGAAGGACCCCGCUCCAUCUGGCCGUGCUGCGCGGCCACGUGCCCCUGGUGCGGCUCCUGCUGCAGCGCGGGGCUCCGGUGGGAGCCGCUGACCGCGCAGGGCGCACGCCGCUGCACGAGGCCCCCUGGCACGGGCACUCGCAGGUGGCCGAGCUGCUGCUGCGGCGCGGGGCCCCGACGGCGGCGCGCUCCGGGGCCGGCCUCACGCCGCUGCACUGGGCGGCCGCGCUGGGCCGCACGCUGCUGGCCGGGCUCCUCCUGGGCGCGCCGGGCCCGGGCCCGGAGGCGGCGGACGCGCGCGGCUGGACGGCAGCGCACUGGGCGGCUGCGGGCGGCCGGCUGCCGGUGCUGGAGCUGCUCGCAGCGGGCGGCGACCCGGGCCUGGACGGAGCCCUGCUCGUGGCGACUGCGGCCGGGCGCGCCGCGGCGCUGCGCCUCCUCCUGGAGUGCGGCGCGCGGGUGGACGCCCGGGACGGCGCGGGGACUACCGCACUCGGGGUCGCCGCGGGUCUGGGCCACCGACAGGAUAUGGAGGUGCUGCUUGACCACGGGGCAGACCCAAGCCUCAAGGACAGGCACAGACGCUCUGCACUCCAUAGGGCUGCUGCUAGUGGACAUCUGCCUGCUGUCCAGCUACUGGCAGCCUGGGGAGCUGAGGUGAAUGCUGGAGACUCAUUGGGCCUCACACCCCUGCACCAUGCCGCUCGAGGAGGCCACGUGGAAGUCGCCAGCCACCUCCUGGACAGGGGUGCACAGGUCAAUGCUACUGGCUGGCUCCACAAGACACCCCUGCACCUUGCUGUGGAGCGGGGCCACAGCCCCAUGGCAGAGCUUCUGCUGAGCCGAGGGGCCAACCCCACCCUGAGAACACAGUGGGGUGAGGUGGCCCAGGAGCUGGUGUCUGAGGGGGGCCUGUCCCAGGUUCAGCCCACCCUUUGCAGAGAGUAG